UUGAGCAUAUCUCAAAUGUCCAGCGUUACACUCAUAGCUGAGGCUUUUGGCCGUAUCGUGUACAGUUUUACACGCGGUGUAACAGAGCAUUGCAACCCAGAGGAACCUGAAAUUACGGCGCGGGUUUUUGAUCCUCUAUUAAACAAUGGACGCGAGUGGUUUCACCAUCCUGUCGACGAGGUCAUUUAUCAACAAUACAGCUACAGAAAAGCCACGGCUCAGGACUAUCUACCUUCCAGCGAUGUUUGUGCAAGGCUUAUCGACGCCUCUUCAGUAGAGAACCCAGAAGUACCAGAAAAUCAAACAGAGGAAGAUGAUGCAAUGGCUUGGAAGCGACUCAGACCAUCCGUUCUCCUUUCAGUUUGUCAAUCAAUGUACAUUGGAUCUUUGAUUUCGUUUUUAACGGCUACCUUUGUAGGUUCAGUGUUCAUACUGACAUCGUACAUAUGUUACGAGACUGUAAACUACUGCCAAUUCUACCCAAAGGAGUCUAUUCCAAUAAGAAUACAGUGGAUGAGAUCGAUCUCGGAUAUCAUUGCCUGUGCCUUCCUUUACAUUUGGUUCUUGGCGUAUUUGCUAUUUCUUUUCCGUCCGUAUCAGUUAAAAGGAGUGAAAAGAAAACUAUUUUUAGUCUGUUGUGUGACGUACUGCUUGGAUUCCCUUUAUCGCUUGGGUCUUCAAGUCCUGAAUAUAUCUCAUUCCAAUCUAUCCUCAGUGCAGAAGAUUCCUUUAAAUAUUUUGUUCGUCAUGAACUAUUGCGUCCAGGCAUAUUUAUUGACUAAACAUUUCCGCCCUACAACGAAGAAAGGACAGCUGAUUUUGUUCCUUCAACUGAUAGUACCUGCUUAUUUUUGUUUGUUUCUAGCCAUUCCAGUGGCAUCGUUGAUUUAUCCAGCUUACAAUAAACAAGACAAUGAAGGGAAAUUACUAAUCGCUCUAUUUGCUCCUCUCAUUGGAGUCGUACUCGAAGUCAUCUCACGAAUUUUUGUUCAGCGCUUAUGCAACAUUACUCAUCCGGGAUAUUCGUAUGUCUUGCUGGCGCCGUUGUAUUGCGCUUCGGCGGUUAUGUUCCGCAUUUUACAAGCGGAACUAGAUAGCUUAAAGUCCAUCGCUAUUAUUGGGAUUAUUCACGGCGCUGCAGAGGUCAUAGAACGAAGCACCAUGGUUGCAAUUGAUCAUCUCUGCCAUGCGAUCCUGAAAAGAGGAUCAACUCCUUGGGGAGGUUUUCGCACUCCUCGCCGUGAGAGACUAAUGGCUGAUAUCGCCAUCAUGAGCAUGUUGUAUGAAUCAAUUGCUAUAGUGUCUGUAAACGGUGUUUUAUACUUGUAUCAAAUGAUAUACUUACAAAACGAAAGCUUUGUAAAUUUACUCAAGUAUUUUGCCAUUUUCACUUCUGUUCCACUGGCGAUCGAGUGUUUCUUUAUCACCCUGUCGAUUAUGAUCGCUACCCGCUAUCAGAAUAUGCCUAUCAUGGCCAUAUGGCGAAGACGAUGGAAAAGACAUAUAGUUCUGGCGAUUAUUACAUCAGUAUCUAUAGCAAAUUGGACCAGUACAAACCUUUUAACGAUUGUCCAUCAGCGCUUUGCUGAAGAUUCGUCAAAUAAGACUUGUAAAAUGCCGUUUAGUUAAAUUGGUAUAUGAUUACCACCUUUGCUUCCUCAAAAUAGGAUACUUUGUAGAUGCAUUUUUGUUUUGUUUUUCGUCAGUUUUCUAUUCUCGACUGCAUGCUUCUAGGACAGGUAGUGAAAUAAGCUUCAUUUGUGAAAUAUAUAACGAAAGCGGGCGAAUAAAAUCUUGAGUUGAGUCUGUGAAACCGUGAUGAUGACUGGCACGCCUUUUGGUCAGCCAAAAGGCACCCUGCAGCGGUUUAAAAUUAUUUUUGUAAGUAACGUCACUCCAAGAUUUAAGGUUCUUCUAGCUAAGUGGUGGCAUGCACAGUUCUUUAAGGUGUGGUUGUUAACAGAAUUAUUUUGUCAAACAGGGUAUCGAUUUUACCAGUUUAGUUCUAAAAUUUCACCUGAACUCGGUGUCUUGAAUGGUGUGUGGAGAGAAAGGAGCAGAAAUUAUGUAGGAACAGAAAUUGUGACUGAUUAUGCA